CUCGAGGAGCGAAUUUCAAACCAUUUCCUCAGUAACAAGAAAAGCUGAGGCAUCCCGGCUUCCAGCAUGCGUGGAAAUCCUGGGCCGACUGAAAGCACACCCGAGGCAAUGGGAGCAAUGACCUGGCUCGCCUAUGGGCAUUGAUGCACACUCCCUGGUGACCGGUUGGAAAUCCUUCGCAGCGUUGCAGUGGCGGUUGGUCCCCCUGCCUUUCAAAGGGCGUUACCAUGGCGAUAGCAAACACCAGUGCGUUCCCUGGCGGCUUCCACACGACUGCAGCCAUGGCCUUCAUGUCGCACGCAGAUGCUGAGCUGAAACAGUACAUCAAAUCUCACUCAAUCUCAGAGAUCUAUGAGGCAUUGCUGACAGGAUUAUUUGUUCAGUGUCCUGGUGAUCCAUUAAUAUUUUUGGAAGAGAAAAUUAAAGAACUACAAAAUCGAAAAAGUCAAGCUUUGCUUUUGACAAAGGAAGGUCAUAUGGAUUUGAGCUGGGACAUGUUUGUCACAGAUGAUUUCCGACAAAGUAUGACAAAAAUGAUAGGCAGUUAUUUAAACUAUCUCUUUGAUCUGGAAGCAGGUCUGGUGCUUCCUCCAGAAAUGAAUGAGAAAGCAUAUCGGUUCCAUUUGAACUUUUUAUUGAAGAAGUACUUUUAUGAAUGGAUGACAUAUAUCAGAAAUAAAAAAAGAGAUCAGAUUGAAAUGGCACAAGCUGUGAUCAAGGCUGAAACUCAUUAUGUACGGCGUAAAUUAACAGUGGGACUUUAUGCAUGGAUAAAGUGGAUGCAAAUAAAAAGAAAACAAGAAACCCUGGCAAUGGAGCAUAUACGCAAGGUCAACAAUCAACGUCAGGCCAGGCUCAUUUUAAGAGAGUGGCUUGUUGUGGCAAAAGAGGCAAAAACUACCCGAGUGUACUUUGAGCGACUGGAGCGAGGGGAAUUGGAAAUCGAGAGUGACAUUUUAAUGGUAGCACCAACAGAUGAGAAAGAUCAUAUUUCCAACUUUCCUUCGGCAAUUUCACAGCAGAUUUUUGGUUAUCUUGGUGUUAGGGAGCUCAUAAGAUGUGCACAAGUUUGUCAGUCCUGGAAGGUGAUUACACAGUCAAGUUUCCUCUGGAGCAAGAUUGACUUUUAUCCAGUAAAACAUCUGAUUAAAGAUGAUGAUGCAGCAAAUAUUUUGCGGAGUUACCGUUCUAGUGUCGUUCAUUUGAGUCUCCGGGGAUGCAACAACAUCGGUCGGGCCACCUUCAAAGGAAUUACUGGCUGUCGUAAUUUGCAAGACCUAAAUUUAUCUGAAUGUGAAAAAGUAACUGAUGAAUUUGUGUCUGCAGUGGUGGAAAUAUGCAAAUCGCUUAUGUACCUGAACAUAUCCUACACUAGUAUUGGUGAUGCUACACUUAGGUCAUUAUCAAAAUUUGGUCUGAAUCUGCAAUAUCUGAGCCUGGCAUAUGCAAAGAAAUACACAAAUAAAGGUUUGAAUUACCUUGCCACGGGGAAGGGCUGCCACAGGCUUGUCUAUCUGGACAUUUCAGGCUGCACUGAGAUCUCAGUGAGAGGUUUUAAGUCAUUAGGAAUUGGCUGCAAUGAAAUUGAGCACCUUGUAAUCAAUGAUAUGGCUACACUUACUACCACCUGCAUCGUAGCAAUGGCUGGUUACUAUUCUAAUCUCACAACAGUUUCACUUCUUGCCUCGCCACACAUAUCUGAUUCAGCUGUUAGAGCACUUUCCCAAGGAAACAAGCUCACCGUAUUUAAAACUGAAGGUAAUAAACGUUUAACUGAUAUAAGCUUCAAAACUUUCGGCACCAGUUGUCCAAAUUUGAAACACAUCUAUGUGUCAGACUGUCCAAAGAUAACUGACAACAGCUUGAAAUUCAUAUCAUCACUGCAAGACAUCGUUGUGUUGAAUAUUUCAGACUGUAUAAGUAUCACUGAUUUAGGUGUACGAAUCUUUUUGGAAGGACAAUCAGGUUCAAAACUAAGAGAACUGAAUCUCAGCAACUGCAUCUUAAUUACUGAUUUAACAUUACUGAAAAUCGUACAGAGGUGUUCCAGUUUAAGUCAUCUGAGAAUUCGUUUCUGUGUACACUUAACUGAUAAUGGGAUAGAAUGGCUCGGAAACUUGCAUGCUAUAACCCACAUUGACCUGACAGGAACCAGUGUACAUGAACAGGGUAUGUCGGGUCUUUCUAACAAUCAUAACAUAAGGGAGCUCUCAGUGGCACACUGCUCAGGAAUCACUGAUAAUGGAUUGCAGAAAUUCUACCACAAGAUGGCAAAUCUGGAAUACUUGGAUGUCUCCCAUUGCCUCUCAGUGACUGAUCAAAGUGUAAAGACGCUGGCUUUCUGCUGCAGAAGGCUCAUUUCAUUAAACAUCUCUGGAUGCCCAAAGAUUACUGACUUAAGUAUGCAAUAUCUGUCCGGAGUUUGCCAUUAUAUUUAUUUCCUGGACAUCUCAGGUUGUGUCAGGCUUACUGAUUCAGCAUUUACGUUCCUAAGGAAAGGCUGCAAACAUCUACGUGCCCUCAAGAUGCUAUAUUGCGCAAGGAUCACAAAGCAAACCGUCAAAGCAGCAAUAAAUAUUGAGCAUGUGGAAUAUAAUGAUGACAAUCCUCCCAUGUGGUUCGGAUAUGAUGAUAAAGGAAACUACCUUGCCCCCAAAAAGGAGGAAGAGGAAAAAAUGUAAAGGUGUAACC